ACAAUAGAUUAGUUUUUAAUCUGAAAAAAUAUAUUAUUCUAUAAAAGUCGUAUCAAAUUUGGUGUUAAAGUUAAAAGAAACGGAGGGGAGUUUGAUGUUAAGGAAGGGGUUUUCUUUCUUAAUACCUACCAAAAAAGGGGCUUAAAUCUUUGUUAUGGCCGCCUGUUGCUAAACUCUCCGUCCCCACUUUCUCUUCAUCUCUUUCUUUCAAUCUCUCCAGGUGGAUGCAUCAUCAUCUUCUAGUCCCAACUGAAGUCAAUUGAUUGCAUAGUUGGCGUUCGACAAAAGGAAUUUCACUCAUGGACAACGGUCAUGAAGAUGAGCCUAGCAGCACAGGUUGGGGUGCUUCCUUCUUUGUGCAGACAACCGAAGAAGUCUCUGGAGCUGUUGUUACUUCACCGAGACCGUCAGCCGUAUUCUCAUCAAAAGGGGAUAGCGGUAGCCCUCUUCAAAAGCUUCAGAGUCAAGUUUUUAGAGUACUGAAAGGCUUAUCUUCUCCUCUUGAAGAGAAAAGUAGAACCUACAAUCCAGAAGUAUUAACUAGCCAAAAACGUCAAUGGGCAAGCUUUCAAUUACAGGCACUGCAUCAAAGGAUAUUAAAAGAACCAUCGAGGUUAUUCGAGAGCAUGGUAGUGGUUGGGUUGCAUCCAAACAGUGACAUUCAGGCACUCCAGAGGCAGUAUUUUGGUAGAAAAUCUGAAUUACCAGGGAGGCUGCGAAGUGCACUAAGUGGUCAGCAUCAGUUUCGGGUAGAACCAAAUCUUGAGCCUCAGGUUCUAUUUGCGUACCCUCCGGACAAACCGUUGCCUCUAAGGUCGAAGGAUCUUCUUUCGUUCUGCUUUCCUGGUGGAUUGGAGGUUCACACUAUUGAGAGAACACCAUCAAUGAGUGAACUAAAUGAAAUACUUCUUGGACAGGAACACCUCAAACAAAACGAUCUAUCCUUUGUAUUCAGGCUGCAGGGUGCAGAUGAAUCUACUCUGUAUGGUUGCUGUGUUCUAGUAGAUGAGUUGGUGCACCAACCGUCUAGAUUAGUUUCUAUGGCUGUAGAUGGACAACUUUUGUCCCCACGUAGGAGCCGGCAUAUUUUAACGACUCGCCGGUGUUACUGCAUUCUCACAAGGCUUCCAUUUUUCGAAUUGCAUUUUGGCGUGUUGAACAGCAUCUUCAUUGAAGAAAGACUAGAAAGAUUAAGAAUCAGUAUUAGCGAUUUACAUCUGGAACUAGCGUAUGAAAAUGAAGUAUCUUUAGACGACAAACUGAAUGGCGUUUCAGCCGAAUAUGGAUCUCAGGAAACACCUAACGGAACAACAGAAACUGUCCAUUUAAGCAGGGGCAAUUCUGUCACUGAAAGAUUCAGUGACUCGGUUAUUCCAGUUUGUUCUGAAACAGAGACGGAUUCAUCUAAUAAAAAAUAUUGCGCAAUCCCUAACGCUUGUGAUAGUCCUACUGUUGAUGAUACGCUUUCCAAUAAACAGCCUACUCAAAAGCAGAUCCCAAAAGCAAUUUUGCCUCUUAUACGUUAUCAACAACAUGAUAGUUCUGAUUCUUCAUCAAGUUUUCAGGGUUCUCCUAGUGAAGAUAGGAACUUUAGGAGUGAUGUUGAUUCAACAGAGACAGACGAUGCAUCUUUUUCGGGUCAAGAAGACAAUGAGCACAAUGAGAUUCUUGACUGGGCUAAGACCAACAACCAUGGAUCUUUGCAGAUUAUAUGCGAGUAUAAUUGUUUAUCUGUCCCGGAUAGAGGUUCAACAAUUAAGUUCCACCCAUUGGAAUACCUGCAUCCUUUGGAAUUACAUAGACCAGAUGAAACAAUUUUACACAUUGCUGGUUCAGCAGUUGAUUUAAUGUCUUGCAGCACAAGUUUUGAACUUGCAGAGGCUCACAAAGCACUUGCUGUGGAGGAAGAGGCAACAGCUUUAUCAGUAUGGGCAAUUUCAAGCAUCUGUGGCUCCUUGCGUCUUGAGCAUAUCUUGACUAUAUUUACGGGUGCCCUACUGGAGAAGCAAAUUGUGUUUGUGUGCUCUAAUCUGGGAAUAUUGUCUGCUUCAGUGUUGUCGAUUAUCCCUCUGAUUCGUCCAUACCAGUGGCAGAGCUUCUUUAUGCCGGUCUUGCCAAAUGACAUGCUAGAUUUCUUGGAUGCACCUGUUCCUUUUAUAGUUGGUGUGAAGAGCAAAACUGCCGAAGUACAAUCCAAGUCGGGAAACGUUAUAUAUGUUGAUGUUAACAAGAACCAGGUCAAAUCAUCGUCAAUACCACAUUUCCCUCAGUACAAAGAGUUAUACGCAGCCUUAACUCCUUAUCAUGCUCAACUGGUCGGAGAAAGUUAUUUAGGGAAAAAGAGACCGGUUUAUGAAUGCACAGAUGUGCAGGUAGAAGCUGCAAAGGGAUUCUUGAGAGUAUUAAGAUCUUAUUUGGAUUCACUUUGCUCUAACCUACGUUCUCACACAAUUACAAAUGUUCAGUCAAAUGAUGAUAAGGUAUCAUUGCUUCUGAAGGAGAGUUUCAUCGAGUCUUUUCCUAGCCGUGAUCGACCAUUUAUGAAGGUAUUUGUGGACACACAGCUCUUCUCUGUACAUACGGACCUGGUGUUAUCGCUAUUCCAAAAGGAUUAGCAGCAUGAAGUUGUAAAAUAUAGUUAGCAGGUAAGUUGUAUGACUUGAAGCAUUAUGUAAAACUGGGUUCUGAAGCCAUUAACAUUAUUAUAUAAUAGCAAAAAAAAAAAAAAAAAAAGAAUAAAAACCAAUUUUGUACAUGAUUCUAGUAGCUAGCUGUGUACUCAUCAUUUGUUUUUGCUAGAUAUGAUUUUUUUUAGUGGAUCCUAUAUCAUUGGUCUCUUUCAAAGCAAACACAAGAUUGUCAUGUUG